AUGCAGGAGCCCAUGGACAUCAUGUACGACACCAUGGACGUGCCCCUGGGCCAAGCGGUCGUGAAGCUGAAGCGGUUCAUGGACAAGGAGGGCCUCAUGCGCUCCGUGCAGCGAAGCCUCCGCGCCCCGCCGCCGGUGCUGAUCUUGCACGACGGGCCGGGCCUGCCCUCCAGGUACCUGGAACCCUUAGCAGAAAGGCUCUGCAGCCCUGCGGGCCGUACCUGCUACAUGUACGACGAGCUGGGCUGCGGCCUGUCCACGGCCUCCAUAGAACGACCUACAUCCAUGCGCUUCAGCGUGCAAGAGCUGCAGGGAGUCUUGCAGUUCCUGCGGGCCUCCUUGGGUGAGGACGAGGUGCACAUCAUAGCCCACGGACAUGGAGGUGCCGUUCUCAUGGAAGCACUCCUGAGAUACGAGAUGGAGGGACUGCCCACCUUGAGGUCCAUUUGCUUGUUGGGGGUGCCCAGCUCCACUGCGUGCGCGGACGAGGCGGCGCGGAGUUUGAUGCGCAAGGCGGUGCUGGAGGUGGGAGAUGCGGAUGCCGCGCGGGCCUUCUGGUACCGCCACGUCUGCGCGCUGAAGCCGCAGCCCCGGGUCCUGGCGGAGGCCUACGAGCGCAGCGGCACGGAGACGCGCUGGGGCGCCCUACGAGGGUGGCACUGGAAGAUGGAGACCCGGGACAAUGGCCUCACUGGACGCUGGGAGCUCCGAGGCCCCGGCCUCUUGGAGGAUUGGAGCAUCACGCGGGCGGAGGUGGCGGCUGAAUGGCAGAAGUGGAAGACGGUGCCGGUGCUGAGCCUGCGGGGGCAACACGACUUCGUGACCAAGGAGUGCAUGGCCGCCUGGCGCGGGGUGUGCGACAAAGGCGUCGCCUUUACGGAAACUUGCCUCGGCUCCUGCGGGCACCAUGCGCACCUUGAGGUAUCAGACUUUCUGCAGAUGGAGGGCCCGCCUGAGGCACAUCACGUCCUGAAGGAGAAGGGGCUGCUACAUGAAUGGCAGCCAGGAAUGCUCAGCGUCUUCAUCUCUCACCAGUGGUUGGGUAACAAAUUCCCAGACCCUUCUGGGCACCAGCUGGCGGUGCUGCGCAAAGUGCUGCGGCGCUUCAUCGACAGAUCGCUGAAGGUUGAGCAAGAUAUGACAAGGAUCAUGAGCAAGGAAAAUCCGACCAGCUAUGAGCAGAUUCAACAUGGAUAUCUCUUUUUAGAUUGGUUCGCGAUCCCACAGAUAACUGCAAGGACGGACGGCGUCAAUGAAGACGCCACAAGGUCAGAUGCAGCUCUUGCUGUCCAAAGCAUUCCGGCAUACGUGGAGGCAUGUGAUUUGUUUUUUGCGCUUGUCCCAGAACUUGUUCACGUCGACACUGGCCACGAGUGCAACUAUGAAACAUGGUUGUCGAGGGGGUGGUGUCGGGCAGAGCUUUGGUGUCGCUUGCUCUCUAACCGCCAAGACACCAGUGUCAUUGUAAUAUUCUCGGAUGUGGAAGCCUUGUACAUUUUCCCCCUGGAUUGGCAGAGGAAUCUGAUCUCAGAUGGUUUGUUUACAGUGGAAAGUGAUCGGGCUGGAGUCGUGAAACUUGGAGAGAUGGCCUUGCACAGCAAGAUCCAGCAUCUGCGUCAGCGGGGCCCGCUUUCUCACUACAGAUUCCAUUUGGCGAACAGGCCCAGGUUGCUGAACCAGGAGAAGGCAGAAUUCGACCUGCCAGGAUUCUUGCAGCACUUUGAUUUCCCAAGUCUUGAAGCUGCUGUCAAAGAAGAAGAAGAAGGGAUGACCGGGAUGCUGUGCGCGGUCUUUGCGGGUGAUUGCAACAUGCUGCGCCUGCUGGCGGAGCAACGCGCAGAUGCCAAUGGAAAAGUCGUUGGUUUGACGGACUUGGGGUACUAUGACACCCAGACCUUGCUGAUGGCUGCGGCGAAAAGUGCUCAGAAUGCCAAGGUCUUAUCCACCCUGAUGCUGCUGCGAGCCGACCCAAACCUGAGUUCCAGAGCCGGUCUCACCGCUGCAUACUUGUCCCACGACCCGUCUCACGUGCACGUCUUGCUGGAGAACAAGGCUGAUUUGGUGAAUUGCGAAAUUCCGCCAUUGUUUGGCGCUGCUGGUAGGGCCUCCUCUGCAACAGUCAAGGCAUUGCUGGAGGGCAGAUGUAGCCCUUCCCAGACGAGUUUGGACGGCUUUGGGGUCUUGCAUGCCGUGCCCAUGUUCGGAGGUGCGAACCCACACGCAUCUGAAACAAUUCGGCUACUCCUAUCGUUUCGAGCUGAUGUAAACCUUCCGACGGCACCGAAGUCAAGGAUGAAGGAGGAAUGCUGGCGGUGCCGGGUCUCCAUUGCAAUUUGGGGGUCGUACAGUACCAGCUACCAACGAAAGAUAGCCAACCUGACAGGAGCUACGCCAUUGGCCAUUGCUGCUAUGAUGGGCAACAGGGUGCAAGUUCAAACUCUGCUGGAGAACAAUGCUGACUCGGAAAUUUCAAAUGGGCUAGGACAUACACCACUUGACCUGGCCCGGCAGGCUGGUCAAUGCCACUUGCUGUCUAUUUUGGGCACCUUCGCUGUGUAG